UUCUUUCAAAAACAAAACAAAAUUUAACUGUGACGUCAUGACAAAGCCGCAUCUGUUCUGUUAUUAAAGUUAUUUUCAACAAAAACAACGAAGCGGACGAAAUGGUUUCUUUGCACCUUUUCAAAGUGUGAGUUUACAGUUUUCCUUUGGAUGUAUAAAGGUCCAUUUUAAUAUUUUGGAUACUUCGAAUUUGUGAUUGUUAUUCAAUGAUUUUGGCAUGGAUAUGUAUGAUGACGAUUUAGAAGAAGAUGCCUCUCGUUUCAUGAAAGAUUUGAGCCUGUUUGAAGUGCCAUCAAGAAAUAGUUUUUGUGUCAAUUCAACAUCUCUUAGAAAAUCAGAAACCUCUGCUGGUGAGGAUUUCGAAAAGAAAAGAGAGUUAUACGCAAAUUUAAAUGUGGAUUCUCAUUUAAAUGUGCACCCUAGUAAAUUGGGUACCUCAUUAGCAUCUGAAUCCUAUUAUGCGAAAAUACGAUCCAAACAGCAUAAUUCAGUUUCAAAUAAUUAUGUUCUAGAAUCAGUGUCAGGAAGAAAUACCCCUUUAGAUCCGCAAUCAAUGCAUGUUGCCAAUGCUGUUUAUUUAACUUCAAUGAAACAAAAUGACGUGACUAAUAGUUUAGUUCAACCAAACCGGCCAAUUGCCGUUGAAGGUUUCGUUAAAUCUGGGCAACACUUAAAAACUAAAGAUCCACCAGCUUAUUCAAAUAUAGACCGAUCUAGUAUUAUAGCUUCCACAAAGCUUGGCACCACCAAUCUUUCCAAUCCUGGCUCAGUAGUUAAUGUCACUUUAACAAAUGGUAUUAGUAAAGGGUAUUCAAUGUCAGCUUCUAAUUCUAGCUUACCGCACUCAUAUUUACACGUUAGUGACCCUAAUCAGUUGAAGUAUAUUCCAAAUAAAAAUGUAAUAAGUUCUCUUACUUCUAUAAACAGAUUAGGGCAUGACUCGUUGCACUCCAGUCCACGCAGUAGUCUUAGUAGUUCUAGUGGUAGUCGUGAGUCGCAGAACUCUGGAUCUCCUCGUACGAGUUACACUGGGCCAAUAUAUGAAAACUUGAGCAGUGUUCGGAGUAGUUGUAAUACUUUACAUGAAAAUGUACCAAAGAUCAAUUCUGCUUCAAUCACGCAGGAUAUUCUUCAAUUAUCGAGGCCAAACAGUUCGUUGAGUUCUGCGACUCCUAAUACGACUUGUAUCGGUGUCAUGCCUAAGCCACCACCACCAUAUCCGUAUCCAAAAUCGGCACCCGAACAGCCAAUAUAUGCAAAUCUACAAGAAUUGUCAAUUCAGCCUCGUAAUACAGCUGUUACCAGUACUAAUAAUCUGUAUAGUAAUGUGGAUAUAAACUCUAUAACCCAACGAAGAACUCCGCCGAAUUAUCCAUACAUUCAUCGUCCAGUGAAUUCUGUAGCCUGUAAUUCAUCUAGUUUAUCUAGCAAAAAUUAUCCUUUGGUUUCUGCGGGAUACAGUUGCCAACCUGUUAGUGCUACUCACGUUUACCAAGUAUGUAGUGGAAGUAUGGCCCAGUCACAGCAGGCAACAGUUCCUGUUGGCAAUUCGGGUUUUUCAUCGCAAAAUAAAAAUCAAGCUCCUAGUAAUUUUGUGACCAGUUAUCGCGUUUCUUUGUUGCAGCAGCCUAAUUCCGCACAUUCUUUUACUCCGAUUCAGAGUCAUCAGCUGUCUCAGCAUUCAAUUAGUCCAUCUGUUGUUGGAAGUUCUCAUAGUUUGCUGGCUUCUCCAACAUAUGUUAAGCCAUUACCAAAUAAUUCACAGUCAUCCUAUUUAGUGCAGAGGCAGUUACCGCAGCCUGCCCAUUCCCAAGUGCUAACGUCUUCUAUAAGUUCAAAAUCUAUAUCAACUGCUCAGUUGCCCCCACCACCGCCAUAUCCUGGUACAGGAUACAAGCCAAACACCCUCAAUUCCAAGACAUUAUUGCCAUAUAAUGUCACUCCUCCUAGACAAAAAGGACCCACUGAGGCAGAAAAAAAGAUCGAAGACCUUACGAAGCAAAUCGAAGAUGAAAUGGAAAAAAAUCCAGAAGGAGAUUUUUUUGGUAUUUGCCAUACGUGUGGUGAAAAAGUGACUGGUGCUGGUCAAGCUUGUCAAGCAAUGGGGAAUUUAUAUCAUACUAAUUGUUUCAUUUGUUGUUCUUGUGGGCGAGCACUGAGAGGGAAAGCUUUCUACAAUGUCCAUGGAAAAGUUUAUUGUGAAGAAGAUUACCUAUAUUCUGGGUUUCAACAAACAGCAGAGAAAUGUGGUGUUUGUGGUCAUCUGAUUAUGGACAUGAUACUGCAAGCUAUGGGAAAAUCUUAUCAUCCAGGAUGCUUUAGAUGUUGCAUUUGUAAUGAAUGCCUGGAUGGCGUACCUUUUACAAUAGAUAUGAAGAAUAAAAUAUACUGUGUUCACGAUUACCACAAAAUGUUUGCUCCUAAAUGUGCUGCUUGUGGACAAGCCAUUACUCCUGUUGAGGGUACUGAUGAAACUGUGCGAGUUGUAUCUAUGGAUAGAGAUUUUCAUGUUGAUUGCUACGUUUGUGAAGACUGUGGAUUACAGCUAACAGAUGAACCUGACAAACGGUGUUAUCCAUUAGAUUGCCAUCUCCUUUGCCAAGAAUGUCAUGUUCACCGUUUAGAAGUUAUGAGCAAUACAAGUCUCAGUGAUGGCGGGAUGACUAAAGUUAUUUAAUUAUUAAUAUGUGACUGGAAAGUGAAAUCUAAAUGCUCUUAUGUCCUUGUAUAUAGUCAUUUGUAAUCUUACGUAUGUUUUUUUUUAUCCUUUUUUUUCCAGUUUGGUAACAAUCAAACUAUAUUCACAUUACAUUUAUUAUUUUAUUUUUCAUUUGUGAAAUCAACAAACAUUCCAAUAACUUAAUUUUUAUGCUAAGCGUACUAAUUGCAAAUAUUUUGCUUUAUGCGUAUUAAAAUUAUGAAAUUGUUUA